CGACAAUCCAGGUUCUCGUUAACGGGGUGUUCGGUCUUAGUUUCUACUGAAUAUUUAAUUUCUUGUCAGAAUGCGUGAAUGUAUCUCAGUCCAUAUUGGGCAAGCUGGAGUGCAGAUUGGCAAUGCUUGCUGGGAGUUGUACUGCCUUGAACAUGGUAUUCAGCCUGACGGUCAAAUUAUAUCUGACAAGACUCUUCAUGGAGGCGGUGAUAACAGCUUUAACACAUUCUUUAGUGAGACAAGUGCAGGAAAAUUUGUUCCAAGGGCAGUAAUGGUGGACUUGGAGCCUACAGUAGUAGAUGAGGUCCGCACAGGCACAUACCGGGAGCUGUUCCAUCCUGAUCAGUUAAUUACUGGAAAGGAAGAUGCCUCAAACAACUAUGCCCGAGGCCACUACACGAUUGGCAAAGAACUUGUGGACUUGGUACUGGACCGCAUCCGCAAACUGGCUGACCGGUGCAAUGGUCUUCAGAGCUUCCUGAUCUUCCAUUCCUUUGGUGGUGGCACUGGCUCAGGUUUCGCAUCAUUGCUAAUGGAAAGGCUCACUACUGACUAUGGAAAGAAGUGCAAACUGGAAUUUGCCCCACACGUCGGCACUGGUGUUGUUGAGCCCUACAACUCAGUCCUAAUGACCCACGCCACUCUGGAACAUUCUGACUGCGCCGUCACCUUUGAUAAUGAAGCACUUUAUGAGAUCUGCCGGCGGAACUUGGACAUGGACCGCCCUACCUACACCAACCUCAACAGACUCAUUGGUCAGAUACUUUCCUCGAUCACAGCUCCUCUUCGGUUUCAAGGUGAACUGAAUUUUGACCUGACUGGAUUCCAGACCAACUUGGUUCCGUACCCACGUAUACAUUUCCCUCUGGUCACUUAUGCACCUGUCGUCUGUCCUGAGAAGGCAUACCACGAGGAGCUCACUGUGGCAGACAUUACAAAUGCGUGCUUUGACCCUGCCAACCAGAUGCUGAAGUGUGAUCCACGACGUGGAAAAUACAUGGCCUGCUGCUUGAUGUACCGAGGAGAUGUUGUGCCGAGAGAUGUGAAUAUAUCAAUACGCAGACUUAAGACCGAACGCAACAUCCAGUUCGUAGACUGGUGUCCAACUGCCUUCAAGGUUGGCAUCAACUACCAACCUCCGACAGUGGUCCCAGGAGGUGACCUGGCGGGGGUACAGCGUUCUGUGUGUAUGUUGGCCAAUUCUACAGCUAUUGUCGAUGCCUGGGCCAGCCUGGACCACAAGUUUGAUCUCAUGUUUGCUAAGCGUGCCUUCGUUCACUGGUAUGUUGGUGAGGGCAUGGAGGAAGGUGAAUUCUCAGAGGCUCGUGAGGAUCUUGCUGCCUUGGAGAAGGAUUACGAAGAAGUUGGCAGGGAUAGUUUUGAAGUGGAAGACGCUGAGGAGGAGUACUGAGUGGCAAUUUAGUUUCGUUGUAUGAAAUAGAAUGAUUCUUCAGUUAUUUUGUUCAUUAUUUGAAUUCUUUACAGUGUAGUUUUGAAUUUGUGGUUAUUCUUACAUAUGAUCAACAUUUUCUUAAUAUAAUGUUUCCGGAAUUAUAUAUGAUUUUAAAUUUGUGAUCAUUCUUC